AUGAAUAAACUGGAGGUUGACGCUUACUUUGAGCUUCUUGAAAGCAUAUUGACAGUAGACGAUGGUGUGUUGAAACCGAGUUGUAUCUUCAACAUGGACGAGACUGAUCUUCAGCUUAAUAAUCGACCAGGGCAUGUUCUAGCUGAAAAGGGUACCAAGGCUGUAUCUACAGUUACUUCGACUGAAAAGGGAGAAACGAUUACAGUUAUAGCCUGCUGCAAUGCUGAAAGUACAUUUUUACCACCUGCCUGUAUCAUGAAAGGCAAAAACAAAAAACCUGAGUUUGAGGAUGGGAUGGCACCGGGAUCGAAACUUUUCAUGUCCCCAAAAUCAGCGUACAUUACCUCAGAUUUAUUUAUUGAAUGGUUGAAAACACAUUUUGUUCCGAGGAAACCAGCUGGAAGAGUACUUCUUUUACUAGAUGGUCAUUCAACUCACUGUAAUUCUGUGGAAAUGCUGGAAUAUGCAAAGGACAAUGACAUCACCUUACUUUCAAUGCCAAGCCACACGUCUCACUACCUCCAACCACUAGAUCGUACGGUGUUUAAAUCAUUGAAGACUCAUUUUUACGAGCAGUGUCGACUUUGGCUAAAACAAAAUCCUGGUCGUCGUAUAACACGAUUAUCAUUUGGAAGAUUGCUUAAUAAGGCGUGGGGAAAGGCAGCUUCUGCAGAGAAUGCAAUUGCGGGUUUUAAAGCUACAGGUGUCCACCCCUUCAAUCCAUCUGCAAUUCCCGACUACGCGUUUACCCUAGAAUUGACAAAACAAAUAUCUAAAUCUCAAAAUGAGUGUACAGCCACUGUUAUGGUCGAGGAGCAAGAAGAAAAUACUAUUAACAUAUCUUCUGCUAAUCUAGAACCAGUUCCAAAUACUUUCGAAGUGCGACAAGACAUAUCACCUGCAAUCGCUGAGCCAAAUAGCUCUGUUGGGCAAAUAGUUUUAAACGCAAGUCCUGAGAUGAUUACAAGAAGGCCUAAAAAAUUAUUUGCUACUGCUUCAGCAGCAGUAAUUAAAAAAAUGUCAGAACAAUUCCCUCCAAGAAGCGAUUUGCCAGAUCUGACUCCAACACGCUUAAAAAAAAUAGGGAACAAAAAAAAAUCAAAAAGACGUUAA